ACGGCUGAGCGGGGACUCGAACCCAGAUCGCCCGAGUCCCAGGCCUGCACUUUAACCACUGCACAGCACUGCCUCUCCGUGUGACUUUUCUCUUGCCUAGACACCGAUGGUGCCUGCUUAGACAAUCCAAAAGACACCAUGACAGUGCACACAACACUGCUCUCUUUCAAAAACAAGACCAUAUUGGCUCCUAUGGUGAGGGUUGGGACUCUACCAAUGCGACUUCUGGCUUUAGAUUAUGGAGCAGAUAUUGUAUACUGUGAGGAGUUGAUUGACCUAAAGAUGCUUCAGUGCAAGAGGACUGUAAAUGAGGUUCUUGGAACCGUGGACUUUGUUGCUCCCAAUGGGAGGGUUGUGUUCAGGACCUGUGAAAGGGAAAAAGACUGUGUUGUCUUUCAAAUGGGGACAGCAGAUGCUGGGAGGGCUUUGGCAGUUGCAAAACUUGUAGAGAACGAUGUGGCUGCUGUUGAUGUCAACAUGGGAUGUCCCAAGGAAUAUUCCACUAAGGGUGGCAUGGGAGCAGCACUCCUUUCCAGUCCUGACAAAAUAGAAUCCAUUCUAACUACUCUUGUCAAUGGAAUUAGUAAGCCGGUGACCUGCAAAAUACGAAUCCUGCCAUCAAAAGAAGAAACAAUAAGUUUAGUAAAGAGGAUUGAGCGGACUGGAGUUGCUGCUAUUGCAGUUCAUGGAAGGAAGAAAGAUGAAAGGCCGCAGCACCCUGUCCAUUGCGAUGUCAUUAAAGAAAUUUCCGCAGCAGUCUCUAUUCCAGUAAUGGCCAAUGGGGGAUCCCAUGACUUCAUUAAAGAAUAUGCUGACAUAGAGACUUUUCAGCAAGCGACUGCGGCGUCCUCUGUGAUGGUAGCUCGUGCUGCCAUGUGGAACCCCUCGGUCUUCAGGAAGGAAGGUCCAUGCCCCCUGAAAGAUGUCAUGCAGGAAUAUAUCAGAUAUGCAGUGAGAUAUGAUAACCACUACACCAACACGAAGUACUGUUUGUGUCAGAUGCUAAGGGAACAGUUGGAAAAUGCACAAGGGAAGAAGCUGCAUGGAGCACAGUCCAUGCAGGAAAUCUGUGAAGCCUUUGGGAUGAGCAGCUUCUAUCAAGAAGCAUCAGCCCUUCUGGAAGCCAAACGGGUUUCCUUAGAAGCCAAGGACCAAGAGGAAGAUGAAGAGGAUGCAGACGUCAUAAAAAUGGCAGUUAGAUUUGAUAAGCGAGACUAUCCCCCACAGAUCACACCCAAAAUGUGUCUUUUAGAAUGGUGUAGAAAAGAGAAGCACCUUCAGCCAGUUUAUGAAACGAUUGAAAGACCACAAGACAGAUUAUUCUGUUCUGUUGUCACAGUAGCAGGAAAAAAAUACAGAUCAACCUUAUGGGAAAAGUCAAAAAAGCUAGCGGAACAAGCUUCAGCGAUUGCCUGUUUAAGGACUCUUGGCCUCCCAGAGGGGAAGUGGGAGAGAGAGGCAGAUCAUCUGGUUAACAAACGCAAGAGGCAAGACAGUGAAUGUUUGAACAACGGAGAAUUCGGAAAUGACCUUGUGGCAGAGGCUGCGGGGAAAACGCUUCGCUUUCUCGCAGGAGCAUCUGACGCCAGUGUUCCCUGAGGGAACAGAUGUUUGCAGCUCUGCACCUGUGCCGCGCGCUGCACAGGCCUGAACCCCACUUGGGGAUUUUGAAUCGCCUCACACCUGAAAUCAUCAGCUUCUGGCUGCCUUCCGUUUGUGCCUUGCAAAUGGAACAAAGCAGCUGCUUUUCUGGGAGAGGGAGGAGCGGCCUCCGUAUUACAUUCUCUUUUACAAUGAAUUAAUUUUGAAUGUGGGGAAGGGGGAAUACUAAUUACGAAAGUCUCUUCGUACUUGCAGUCCCAACACUUUGCAGUUUGCCACAGGUUCUGUCUUUGGGGAAAGCACAUCAUGACACAGUGAUCAUGCACAGGGAAGCGCAUCAUGGUACCAACAAGCACAGUGAUCCAAACAUCACGGACAAUGAGAAUGGGCUGCGUAAUGUUGGGUGUUUCAUUGCAGACGAAAGCUCAUACUAGAGCAAAUGGGAAGCCAAACGGAAUGUAGCUUGGGAGGAACUAGAAGCUGACAGUUUAUCUUACCCUCUAUAUUUUACAGAAUGUAUAUUUUUAGUGUAUAUGAAAUUAUGGCACUCUGAAUUGAUAUUUGAAAUAUCGAUUCAUCAUUAUUGGCCUUUAUUCCCUGACAAAGAAUUAAAAGACAUACAUUGUCUCCUAAA